AUGGGCACCAAAACCACCACUACAACCAUCACUGGCCUAACCAUGACAACUACCUGCACUGCAACCACUGGCACAAGCACAGGAACCACAACCACCAGCAUUACUGAAAAAAACAGCAUCACCACCACCGGCUCCAUAUCUAGAACCACCGGCACCACUAGCACAACCACCACAGAACCGUCACCACCACCACAACCACUUGAGCAGCCACCACCACCAUCACUGUCACAUCCACCGGCAACACCACCACAGGUUCUACCACCAUCAGGGACACCUUUACCACCAGCACCACUGGCACAACCAACACCAGCACCCACCAUUGACAUCAGCACAACCACUGCCACCACCGACACCAGAAUAACCAGCAUCACAGCCACUGGACCCACAACCAGCAGCACUGUCACCAGCACUACCAGUAGUACCACCAUUGGCACAAUUAUCACCAUCAACACCAGCAUCAGCACCAGCAGAACAACUGAAAGCACCACCGUGAGCUCCAUCACUGCCAACACCACCGUCAUGAGCACCACCAUACCAGCACAGCUGGCAAAACCACCUCCAUCAUCAUCACUGGCACCACCACAACCAGCACCACAACGACUGGCAGAGCCACCACCACCACAGUCACCAUCACCAAACCCACCACACUGGUCCACCACAGCCAGCAAAACCACUUCCAAAAACAGCACCAGCACAAGCCCUACCACCACAACUACCGGAACAAACAGCAUCACCACCACUGGCUCCACAACCGGCACCACAGACACCGACACCAGCACCAGCAUUACCAGCACCACAACCACAGUCAACGGCACUGGCCAAACAGCCACCACCACCAGAUCAACCAGAACCACCACCACCUUUGGCCCCACAACUGGCACCACGGGCACAACCACCACUGGUAUCACCAUUACCACAGUCACCAGCACUGGCACAACAACCCUCAGCACCACUAAACCAACGUUUUCACAGCCACCAGUACUGCCUCAAACAACAGCACCACCAUGGGCAUCAUCACCACCAUUGUUGCCGACACCAAUGCUACUGCACUGGCACCACCACAGCCACCACCACUUGAACAACCACUACAGUCACCAUCACCACUUCCCCCACUGGCACCACCACCACAAACCAGUAGGAACACAGCCGGCACAACUGCCGCCACCACCACCACAGUCACCGUCAGUGGGACAAGCACACCACCACCACAACGACUGGUGCAACCUACAGCACCACAACCACCACCAGCACCACCACCACCACCACUGUAGCCACCACCACAGUCACUGGCACCAGCAACACCACAGGCACCAUCACCACCAGCAAGGUCACCACACCAGCAUAACCACCAGAAGCACCACCCCAGGCAACAUCACCACCAUCGGUACCAGCAAGACCACCACCAGCACUACCACCACCAGCACCGGCCCCACAAUUGGUACCCCAGCACCACCACAACUAGCACCACAGUCACCGGCAUAA